AUGCCACCCUCCCAGGCUUCCCGGCGCUUCCAUGGCGCCGGGGUGGGCUCGCGCACCGGCCUGCGCCUCUCUGCGGUUGCGCGCGACGAGGAUGGCUUCGAAAACCUCGAUGACUUCUACAAGGCCAGCCAGCGGGCGAUGGACCAGGGACAGGCCUCCGACGAAAACGACGAUGAGGAGAGCUACGUAGAAGACAGCCGGGCCGGCGACACCCUCGGCGACCUGACUCGAUCCACCGUCAGGGGUGGCAGAGCCCGACAGAGCCUCGCGAGCGGCAAGGGCAUCGGCAGCAGCAGCAUGGACCUCGAGAGCAGCAUGGCCCCCUCUCCUCGCUCCGCGAUACGCAGGUCGUACGGAUCCAACCGUGCGGCAGCGACAGAGUCCGACGUAAACUACGAUGAGAUCCCAGGCUCCACUUCAAGAUCCCGCAUCGGUGCGGCGCGCGCCAAUGGCGGUUCGCGUCCUUCGGUGGCAACAAGCCGGAACGCAGACCCAAACGGCUACGACGACGACGCCGGCGACGACCAGGACGACGAAGAGAUCGCCGACGUCUCUGGCGGCAGCCGAGCUUUCGAUUUCAGCGGCAUGGGCGGCGAGGAGUAUGCUGCAAUGGAGAGCGGGCCGGAGGAAGAGGAGGAUGAGGAGGUGGUGCUUCCGCGGGCUUCUGACAAAAGGCGAGCACCGGCUGCCGGCCUCGCGGCGCGGAAAGCAGCCAGUCAGAAGAAGGCCGCCCCGCAGAGUACGAGGCCGGCCUACGUCGACUCCGACGAGGGUGCCGAUGGCAUGGCUGAGUCCGCCGAGGUGGAGAGCGAGCUGCUCGCCGACCCAGCGAGCCCAGACGCAAGCCUCUCUGACCGGCAGGUGGAGUCGGUCGAGCGCGACGUGGGCCCGUCAGCACUGAGAAGCACUACAGCAGGAAGGGCGGAAAAGGCUGCAGCUGCACAAAAGCCGACAAAGGCAAAGGCAAAAGUCGGCCGGCCAAAGAAGUCGUCGACGACGGCCACAAACACAAAGAAGCGAAAGGCGGCGACGCAGCGGCACUCGGACGAGUCGGAGGCUGGGUCCGACGCCGAAGAGCCGCAGCAUGGAAACCGCAUCCGGGUCGACAAGGCGCGGCUAACCUCAAGCCAGCCCGCUUACUCGCAGACGGUGGUGGUGGAGAAGGUCGAUCGACGGUCCGAGCGGGCCGGUAGCAUCAACCUCGACGGCGUGCGGAGAUCGACGAGGCAGCGAUUCAAGCCCGUCGACUACUGGCGCGGCGAGCGGAUUGUCUACGGCCGACCGAGCCUGCCAGCAGGCAUGACUGCCGAGGACCUGCGCGCGCAGAUGCUAGGCGACGAGCGGUACUCGGCGCCCGUGCCCGUGGUCAAGGAGAUCAUCCGCUUCGAGCGGAAACCUGGCGACCCGACCUUUGCCGGCAUGGGCAAGCGACCCAAGGCCAAGAAAAAGGCCGGCAGGGAGCCAGCCCGAAAACGGGCAAGGACACCGGGCAGCGACGACGACGACGACGACGACUCGAUGGACGGGCCAGAUCCGACGGCGAGGACCGUGCACCCCGAGGCCGGAUGGGACCGCAACCUGACCUCGCUCGGCGCCGUAAUGGAUCCCGAGACGGGCCAGGAGGUCGAGAUACCCGUUUCUUUUGCGGACCACAUGGUCAAGUACAAGGACACCUACGGCGGCUUUCAAUUCUUCAAGGCGUUCAGUAUUCAGUCGGAGAUGGCGGGCGGGCGGAUGCGCAUCAUGCCGGGCGCCAGCAAGGCGACCAAGUCGAGCAGGAACAACCACUACUUCUUCUUCGUCUUUGAAGGAGCCGUCAACGUCCAGAUCCACCGGCGGCAGUUUACCCUGUGCCCCGGCGGCAUCUUUUACGUGCCCGCAGGCAACACCUACUCGAUCACCAACAUCUGCCAGAGGGAGGUGCACAUCGCGUUUGCGCAGAUGCGCAAGGCCGACUUUGACGCAGAGCAUCUGGGUAACCUCACCGAGGCGGGCGAGUUUACGCAGGCCCUCAUCGGAUCCCAGAGCAUGGCGAGGCCCGCCAGGUAUGCCGCAGCUGCCGACGAGACCGCGUCUGCAGACGACACCGCCGACACCACGCCCGGUCGCGGGGCCAGCGGCGCUCGCACAGGGGCCCGCGGCCGUGGCCGUGGCCGAGGAAGAGGAAGAGGCAGGGCCUGA